GUUGUUGCUGUCCCUUUAGCAAAGAGUCUGGUCCAAUAUGGCAGCAAGAUGGAACCGUGUUGCGGACUUGUGUGGCAAGAUAGAUACGAUUAUAGUGCCGAGUAUAAAACGAUACAACAAUAUAAAUGUUUGUACUUGCCUAAGGGUUCAGCGAAGAUUGAUAAAUACAUGCGUUAAAGGGAUUAGCGCGAAAGGGAGUACAAACAAGGGCCGUUUACUGGGUGGAAAGUUUCCAUAUCUCCAGGGAAAUGCGUUUUUAUUAGGAAAGGACAAUUGGCUUCUUGCGAAGUUUUGUUCCAACAACUCACCAGAUUUGCAGACUGACUUUGCAGAUAUACGAUUGAUGAUGCAACAUAAGCUAGAAGAAAGGAAAGCUCCUUCAGACAAAGUUUCCAGGCAACUUGCCUUGUUGGAUUUGCUUUUUGAACACCGAAUGCAGCAUGUGGAUGCUACAAUCAUAAGGGAAGAAGCUAGCAAAUUUGACCCAGCAGAUAUAUAUGCAUUGGCAAGCGAUAUAUUUUCAUUACAAGAGAAAGUUGGCAAUGAGGCUGCAGUUUUGUCUGGCCCUCUUUUUAGACAUGCUGCCAUUUCUGGGGACUUAAAUGCAAAGUAUUCAUAUGGUCAACUUCUGAGACUAGGUCAAGCAGGCAUGGACCCUGAUCCAAUUGAAGCAGCCAAUAUAUUUUCUGAACUUGCGAAACAAGGUCAUCCAUAUGCACAGUUUGCUCUUGCUGGUAUGUAUUAUGCUGGGUCUGGUGUGAAGCAGAAUUUUGAAACAUCAUAUACGCUUUUUCAGAUUGCUGCUGAAAAUGGAGUUUCUCAAGGAUACAAUAUGAUUGGUAAAAUGUACUUUCAAGGGCAAAGUGUGGAGAGAGACUAUAAGAAAGCAUUUGAGUAUUUCCAAAAAGGUGCUGAUAAAGGUGAUAUCGGUGCAUAUAUGUCGUUGGCUCACUGCUAUUCGAAUGGAAAAGGCACAGAAACUGAUUAUAAAAAGGCUUUCGAGUUUCACAUGAAAGCUGCAGAAAAAUCCCAUCCUCCUGCCAUGUUCAAUAUUGGAACACACUACUUCAGUGGCAAAGGGGUUGAUCUUGAUAUGCAAAAAGCAUCUGAAUUUUUCAGAAAGGCAGCUGACCUUGGGUUCAGCUUGGCACAGGUUAACCUUGGCAAUAUGUAUUACCAUGGAUUGGGUGUCGAGAAAGACUGGAAUGCUGCCAGGCGAUUGUAUAAAAAAGUAGCACCAACAAAUCACAACGCACGUCUUCUACUCGAAGAACUUGAAGCAGAAAUGAAGAAAGCUGGCAUGGAAUUGGAGGAUUAGCUGGCUUCUCUUGUCUUCGAGGUGUAUCUUUGACACAAAGUCUCAACUAAACAUUUACAUACAUUUUAUGAGCAUCAUACAAUUCUACACAUGCUAAGAAUUAUCAUGGUUUCUUUUUUUCAACUGCAACCAAAGAAAGGUUUAUUCUAAGCCGUAAAUUUUAUUUUACUAUUUUCAUAUGUAGUAGGUUAUCUCGUCUGACCCACCCAGAUGCAAUAGUGGACCAGCCUCUUAAUGAAACAUCAUUCGAAAAUUCGAUGUAUCGUUACAUCUCAUUACUUGAAUGGCAUAAAUAGUUUGUGAGUGGAAUUGAGUGGAAUAGCAUUUUAAACAAUUUCUUUAUAUUCAGUUGCAAUCAGAAUUAAAUCGUUUGUACUGUAAAAAUGUUUUGAUGAGGGUUUUCUAUCAUCUGUCUUUUCACCAAAGUGCAGUUUCAUCGUAGAAGAAGUAUUGAUUGUGAAAUAUUGUUCUUAAAACAUGUCAAGUUAACACCAGCGUACAGUUUAGCAA